AUGGGGAAGCGGAAGUUGACGCGCGCGAAGACGGCGCCGCGGAAGAAGGCGGAGAAGCUGGACACGUCCUUCUGCUGCCCCUUCUGCAACCACCCCGACAGCAUCGACUGCAAGAUCGACCUCAAGCACAUGGUGGCCGAGGCCUCGUGUAGCACGUGCUCCGAGAGCUACUCCACCACGGCCCACGCCCUCACCGAGCCCGUCGACGUCUACGCCGAGUGGAUCGACGAGUGCCAGAAGGCCAACGCCGACCGGGACGAGGGCAACGACGUCGUCCGGGAAGAGGUGGAAGACGACGAGGAGUACGCAUGA